AUGGAUAAAUUCGAUGAUGAUGAUCUUGUUUCAUUAUUUAAAUGGUGUGCCUAUAAUGUAGUUACAUCAACUGGUUGUAAAAUAACACUUAAUGUCAAUGAUUGUUGGGAUAUUGGUGUAGCCAAAAAUGAUUAUAAUGAUGAUUUUCAACAAGCCAGCUUUGUUAAUGCAAUCUUAACAUCAGAAAAUGGUAAACAUAUUGAUUAUAUAACUGAACAUAUAUGUCCUAAACUUGUUGAACAUAUAAAAAAGAAAAGUAAAGCUGCUGCCGCUGCUGAAAAUCUUAAACCAAUGCAAGUUGAAAAUCAUUUGUUUAAACGUGUUAAUUGUUUAAUUAAAUAUCCGGAAUUUGAAUCACAAGCUAAACAAAACAAAUUAGCAACUGAAGGUAUUAUAAAAAAAAUCGGAAUUGUUCCAUUAUUCAUUAAUUGGCUUGAACAUCCACAAGAUGCUAAAUUACAAAAACAAAAUGGAAUGUUAUUCGAUGAUGAAAAUUUAAUCAACGUAUUAAAUGAGUUCAUCAAGGCUUCUCUUAAUGAUUUUGAAACAUGUCAAGAUGGUAACACUGGUAAAGAUGGUAACGCCGACAAAGGUGGUAACGCCGGUAAAGGUGCCAUAGGGGACAUUCUAACAUGA